GACGAAUGCUUGGGCCACGGCGCUUUAAAUCGCCGUCGCGCGUGUGCGAGGCAAAUUGAGGCCCAAUCAAAACAGGUUUUACAGCGCGGUCUGUCGCUCGCACGUGCGCAAACAAGAAGCACUCAGUGGCUAUUCAAUCGCACCGCGCGCUGCUGACUCUCGAACUCCGACUCUGAGAACCGCUUAAGUACUCUCCUCUGAGACCUUAGUCAUCAGACGCGGACCGGCGUCGUCGCUAUCUGAGGCCCUGGCCUUCCUCGAUGCGGUGCCCGAGAAUGAUCGCGACGGCACGUGGUUGUACGCGGUGGGCAUGGUGCACAAGCGGCUCGCGGAGAGCCACCGCGACGAGCAUGCGAAGGCGACGGUUCGACACAUCUGUGCCGCGAUGGCGAAGGGUCACACCCGGGCAGCCUACGAUGUUGGAGUUCUCUCCGAGGAGGGCUUUGGUGCCUCGGUCAACCUAACCAACGCGUAUCUACUUUACAUGCUCGGAUGCAGGUCGAGGGACGAGCGAGCG